UUUUACUAAAAAUGAAUCCUUAUAGCCAAGUGCCUGAAAACAGGGAUGCAAGUAGUGAUAAUAAUUUUGGAGCCGCCAACCCACCAGUGAGUAUAAAUUAUCAACAACCAGUUGGUAUCCUUCAUGGACCGGGAUACAAAUUAGUCCAAGCUCAAUCUAGAGUGCAUAAGUACUCUUGGUACAUCAAACUUGUUGGAUGGAUCUUCAUAAUCCUUGGUGGACUAAGAGCAGCCACCUAUGCCCUCAGGUUCCUUGAUACUGAAGAAAUUGAUAUCGAAUUCAAUGAGUCAAAAAUGGAGGACAACGACAUAGAAGUCCCGGCCGGUCCUCUUGCUUUUGCAAACUUCCUUGAUACAGUAUCUGCUUGCUUGACAAUUUUAAUGGGAUAUCUUUUCAUCAAAACUGCAGAAACCCCAACCAGAACUUCAACAUGGAGGCUUUAUAAGAAGACUCUUGCAAUUAUCCUAGUGCAGUUCCUCUUCCUUGUUCUUGCUUACCUAGCCGUUUUCAUUGGCUUUGGAAUAGCAUUUGAUGAAUGGAUGAAAGAUGAAAGAAGAUCACCAGGAGAAUAUAGACUUAGACAUAAGAGUAGCGGUCAAGAAUUCCAUAUCAAGAAGCAUAGUGAAGGAGAAAGAGCAAACAAUGAUGAUUUAAGAGAGAUGGAAGGUAUAUCUGCUAUAGUAUUUAUGAGCUUAAUGAUGGCAUUUUCAAUUGCUUGCUGCUGUGCUACCAUGUACUCUGCUUGCAUCUUAGGGGGACUUUACAAGUAUCACUACAAUGCUAGAGAACUUGAAAUCAUUCAAGACUUGCCGUCAGUAAAUCAAGUUAACAUGCAACAAAUGCCUCACUACCAAGCUCAUCCUCAGCCCCAUAACUCUGCUGGAGUAAUUGUAAGAGGCCACGUUAUUGCUACUCCCUCUAUCAACGACCCAUAAAUCUACCCCUUAGUUUCAAUAACUCCACAAUCAAUUCCU